AGAACAAAACUGUUCAACAUGAAAUGCUAACAAUCAGCAUCUCUGAGUGUUGAUUUUUUUUCCCCCCAUGUUGUCAUGCAGUUAAACAUUGAUUAUUUGCACGUUAGAAAAUUAUCAUGCAUGCUUCUUUGGAAAUCACUCAUCAGUUGUGCCAACUUCAGACUGACAACAACAAGCGAACAAAAUGUCCCUAAAAGGACAAUAAGCGGUUUAGCUGUGGUUAUUAACAAACACGAUAUACCACAGCUUCAUCGGUUUUACAUUUUAUGGAUGCUUUUGCGACUUUAAGAACUUUUCAGACCUUUUAGCACCCCUACUCAUGAUUGACAUUACUCAUAAAUUUCAUCUCAAACUGUCCUAUAGAAUUUCCAAAACAUAGCCAAAAUGGAGGACAUAGUAGAACCAAAUAUGAGCAAUGACAUCAUCUCUAUCGCAAUGUGGAUCUCCUUAAAACAAUGUUCCAUCUUUCCUUCUCUGGCCUUCUACCAGACCACAGAAAGAAUGAACAUUUAUAUGAGACAUGGGGGGGUAGGGGGGCCAGGUCCCAUUUCCUCCUGUUUUUCCCAUCACGAAGUUAGUUGUCUCAAAGGUUCACCGCCAUUAUCUUCAUCUUCUAUUGUCACUCUGUGAUAAAGCGUGAUAAAUGAAAACAUGGGGCAUUGUGUAGAGUUGCGGUGAAGGAGGCACAUUUGCAGGCCAGACUGGAAGGAACAAGAGGGGGCUCAAAUUUCUUGGCCUAAUAUUUCUGACUUUCCAGUGCUGCCUUCAAGUUAUACACAAAAAAUCGAUUAACUCAAUCUUUUAAUGUGAAUUAAAUGUUUUCUUUGCUGGAAAAUAACAAAUUAUUAUAUAAAGUAAUACACAUAAUGAAUCUAAUUUGAGACGUUUAAUUUUGCUGAGUGAAAUUUGUAAGAAAGGAGUUCGUCGAAAUUGUUUGUUUGCUGGAGUUUUAGGUUUUACAUGGUGUCCCUGAAGGCAACUUGACUGGCAGUCCAAACAGGCAGGCAGGAUGCAGACCAGAACAACAGUCAAGUACAGUUCGGGUUUGCGUUCGGACAAAACCCAGCUGAAUUCACUUUAAUUCUUUUUUUUUUUUUGAGCCCAUAGCCGACCGUCAGUUUGCUCGGUACCGAUUGCAUCCGGAUCCGUUUCAACCAUUGCAAUUUGAAGGAUGGAAUCUCACACACUCCCGAUCCAUAUCCGCCCUCAGCGGCUGCAACCGGGUAUCGGCUUCGGUUCGGGGCCGACCGUCGGCGGGACGCUCCGAUCUUCCUCCGCCUCGUUGUCUCUCCGGCCCGGUGUGACGGUGCCCAUCCCUCCGUUGAUGCCGUCACCACCGUCUCUGGCCGCUUGCUCGGGGCCUCCGCCGCCACCGCCGCCGCUGCAGCUCCACAGCCUGUACGGGGGAGGCGGCGGAACCGGCCUGGGUCUCCCCGCCGCCGGUCACUCUAACCCGGCGGUGUUGAAGGAGGCGGUGGAGGCGGUGGUCCGCAGUUUUGCAAAACACACGCAGGGCUACGGUCGAGUGAACGUGGUGGAGGCCUUGCAGGAGUUCUGGCAGAUGAAGCUAACCCGCGGCGCCGACUUACGCAACGGAGCGCUGGUGGUUUACGAGAUGGUGGCGUCCAGCAGCCCGCCGUACGUCUGCUACGUGAGCCUCCCGGGGGGCAGCUGCUUCGGAAGCUUCCAAUUUUGUCCCACCAAGGCCGAAGCCCGACGUAGCGCCGCGAAGAUCGCCCUGAUGAACUCCGUUUUCAACGAACACCCGUCACGACGCAUCACCAACGACUUCAUCGAAAAGAGCGUCAGCGAGGCCUUGGCAUCUUUCAAUGGAAACCGGGAGGAAGCCGACAACCCCAAUACGGGAAUCGGGGCGUUCCGCUUCAUGCUGGAAUCCAACAAAGGCAAAUCAAUGCUGGAAUUUCAGGAGUUGAUGACCGUCUUUCAGCUCCUCCACUGGAACGGAAGCCUGAAAGCCAUGAGGGAACGCCAAUGUUCCCGUCAGGAAGUGCUAGCUCACUACUCGCACCGGGCGCUGGACGACGACAUGCGUACGCAGAUGGCGGCCGACUGGGUGAACCGCGAGCAAAGCGUGGCGGGCACCGUCUCCAGGGAGCUGGCGGCCACCGAGCGCGAGUUGGAGGAGGCGCGGCUAGCCGGCCGCGAGCUGCGCUUCUACAAGGAGAAGAAGGACAUCCUGAUGUUAGCCGUGGGUCAGCUGAACGCCGCCAACGCCGCCACGCUUCCCUCGCACUAAACCAACCCUCAGGUAACACUACCUGAGGAUUAUUCCGAUAGCACAUCCAGCCACAAACAAGCUCUUGUCUUGUCACUUUUUGGUGCCUAACAACGUUUACCUUUUUGCCAAAUUGGCCAACCAGCUGGCUGGAGCUGACGUGUCUUGUCUAAAAUAGCUGCAAGUUCACUAAGCCUUUUAUUAUGACCGAAACAGUACACAAAGGAGGCUUGGCAGUAUUAUGCAUGGAAAUGACAUUGUUGUGAUUCUUUUGUAUUAUUUCAGUCGCUCUGAAGGCAGCUCAGGUGUAGCAGUGUGUUUCGGAAUCCCAUCGCGGUAUUGCGGUACAACUAGGACCUUAUUAUGUUUAUGCUACAAAUGUGACAUGAUACAUUUCCCCGCUAAUUUGAGCCUUAUAUCGUGUGCGUGUCAAAAACAACAAAAUAAUUUAAUUCGGCAGCCUCAGUAAGUCGACACGAUGAAAUAAAUUGGUAGCAUGAGCGCUCAAGUUGUUUCCUUCUCGUGGUGCACAACAUUAGAUUAGGAAGGAUUUAAUCAUCCUUACAACCACUCGGAGGUAUGUUUAAUCCCUACAGUGAUUUUAGUUUGUGCAGAAAGGGUAAAAAUGGCGAACAAUAGACCAUUCAUUCGCUCUUGAGAACACUGCUCCCAUAUUUAUGCCUUUCACUUUAUGAUGAUUGUAUUGUCUCAUAAAAUACAGUUUGUCUAUGUAAGAAGGAGAUAUGUUACUUAAACCAUUUCUAUCAUAUUUUUUUUAAUGCAGCUUUUGUUCUUGUAUUAAAUGCGGGAUAUGAGGAGUCCAGACGCCCCUGGUGGGUCAUGGCUUAUGCUGUGAUGAGACCACAAAAAUGUCAGGAGACCGUCUAACCUUUUUUUCGUAUUAUCUGAGCACAGGCAGAAGUUUGAAUGUGAAUGGUUCAUUCUGAAAGCAGCCACAUCCCAAGAGGGUGUGCACACUUAUGCAGUCACAAUGUCUGUAUUCUUCCCCUUCUCACAAAAGGUACACAUUUAUAGUAGGAACAUUAUUUACCUGACUAUUUUCUACAUAUCUCAAAGGCGUGUUGACUUUUCUAUAUCCGCUGUAUUUUUUGCCUUUGGUGCAUGGCAUGGUGUUUCUAAUAUGUUUUAACCGAACAGUAUUGGUUUCUCAAGGAGUUCACAAAGUCAUCGUUGUGUGUAUUUUCUAUGCGAAUUUUUGUAUUCACUGUUUAUACAUUUAGUAGAUUUAUAUAUAAUAAAACGCAAGAUGAUACAUGUUUA